AUCGACCCCCGCUCCGGCCUGAUCACCACCAGCGGGCCAGUGGACAGGGAGAAGAUGGAGAGGUACUCCUUGGUGGUGGAGGCCAACGACCAGGGGAGGGAGCCAGGGCCUCGCUCUGCCACGGUCAAGGUCUACAUCACGGUCCUGGACGAGAACGACAACACCCCUCAGUUCAGCGAGAAGCGCUACAUCGUCCAGGUGAGGGAGGACAUACGGCCCCACACCGAGAUCCUGCGCGUCACCGCCACAGACCUGGACAAGGACAACAACGCACUGGUCCACUACAACAUCAUCAGCGGGAACAGCCGGGGCCAGUUCUCCAUCGACAGCAUCACGGGGGAGAUACAGGUGGUGGCUCCGCUUGAUUUUGAGGUGGAGCGGGAGUAUGCCCUGAGGAUCCGGGCUCAGGACGCGGGGCGCCCUCCCCUCUCGAACAACACUGGCAUGGCCAGCAUCCAGGUGGUGGACAUCAACGACCAUGCCCCCAUCUUUGUCAGCACCCCUUUCCAAAUCUCCGUCCUGGAGAACGCUCCCCUCGGCCACUCCGUCAUCCACAUCCAAGCCGUGGAUGCGGACUAUGGUGAGAACUCGCGCCUGGAGUACAAACUGAUGGGGGUCUCGGCCGACACGCCCUUCGUGGUGAACAGUGCCACGGGGUGGAUCACGGUCAGCGGUCCCUUGGACCGGGAGUUGGUCGAGCACUAUUUUUUUGGGGUAGAGGCUCGGGACCAUGGUUCUCCAUCUUUGUCUGCCUCUGCCAGCGUCACCAUCACUGUCAUGGAUGUCAACGACAACCAUCCCGAGUUCACCCAGAAAGAGUACUUCAUCCGCCUGAACGAGGAUGCAGCCGUGGGGACCAGCGUCCUCAGCGUCACAGCCAUCGACCGGGACGUGAACAGUGCCAUCACCUACCAGAUCACUGGAGGCAACACACGGAACCGCUUCUCCAUCAGCACACAAGGCGGGAUGGGGCUCAUCACUCUGUCUCUGCCGCUGGACUACAAGCAGGAGAGGCGCUAUGUGCUCACUGUGACGGCCUCUGACCGCACCCUGCGUGACAACUGCCACGUUCACAUCAACAUCACCGACGCCAACACACACCGGCCUGUGUUCCAGAGUGCCCACUACUCUGUCAGCAUCAACGAGGACCGGCCUGUGGGCAGCACCGUGGUGGUGAUCAGCGCCACGGACGACGACGUGGGGGAGAAUGCCCGCAUCACAUACUAUCUAGAAGACAACGUCCCUCAGUUUCGCAUCGAUCCAGACUCUGGAGCCAUCACCCUGCAGGCAGAACUGGACUAUGAGGACCAGGUCACCUACACGUUGGCUAUCACUGCCAAGGACAAUGGGAUCCCCCAGAAAGCGGACACCACCUACGUUGAAAUCAUGGUGAAUGAUGUUAAUGACAACGCCCCGCAGUUCGUCAGCCCUCAUUACCAGGGCGUGAUCUCUGAGGACGCUCCUCCCUUCACCAGUGUGCUCCAGAUCUCUGCCACUGACCGGGAUGCCCACACCAAUGGGCGAGUGCAGUACACCUUCCAGAACGGGGAGGACGGGGAUGGAGACUUCACCAUAGAGCCCACCUCGGGGAUCAUUCGCACCGUCCGCAAGCUGGACCGUGAGAACGUUCCUGUCUAUGAGCUGACUGCGUACGCUGUGGACAGGGGCAUCCCUUCUCAGAGAACUCCUGUCCGUAUCCAGGUUACCAUUCAAGAUGUGAACGACAAUGCCCCUGUCUUGCCUGCUGAAGAGUUUGAGGUCUUGGUAAAGGAGAACAGCAUCGUAGGCUCUGUCGUGGCCCAAAUCACGGCUGUCGACCCGGAUGAGGGACCCAAUGCCCAGAUCAUGUACCAGAUUGUGGAAGGCAACAUCCCUGAGAUAUUCCAGAUGGACAUCUUUUCUGGGGAACUCACGGCCUUGAUAGACCUGGAUUAUGAGACAAAACCUGAGUACGUGAUUGUAGUGCAGGCCACCUCUGCCCCUCUGGUCAGCAGAGCCACGGUCCAUAUCAAACUCAUUGACCAGAAUGACAACAGCCCCGUUCUCAAGAACUUCCAGAUCCUGUUCAAUAACUAUGUGUCCAACAAGUCCAAUACCUUCCCCUCGGGGGUCAUAGGGAAGGUCCCAGCUUAUGACCCAGAUGUGUCCGACCGCCUCUUCUACACCUUUGAGCGGGGAAAUGAACUGCACUUGUUGAUUGUAAAUCAAUCGAGCGGGGAGCUGAGGCUGAGCCGUAAGCUGGACAACAACCGUCCACUCGUGGCCUCCAUGCUGGUGACUGUCACAGACGGGAUCCACAGCGUGACGGCCCAGUGUGUCCUGCGCGUGAUCAUCAUCACGGAGGAGAUGUUGGCCAACAGCAUCACGGUGCGGCUGGAGAACAUGUGGCAGGAGCGCUUCCUCUCCCCGCUGCUGUCCACCUUCCUGGAAGGGGUGGCCACCGUGCUUGCAACGCCCAAGGAGGACAUCUUCAUCUUCAACAUCCAGAACGACACGGACGUGGGCGGCACGGUGCUCAACGUCAGCUUCUCGGCCCUGGCGCCGCGGGGCGGGCGCUACUUCAGCUCGGAGGAGCUGCAGGAGCAGCUGUACAUGAAGCGCAUGGCACUGACGGGUGCCUCCAUGCUGGAGGUGCUGCCCUUCGACGACAACGUCUGCCUGCGGGAGCCCUGCCAGAACUACAUGAAGUGCAUCUCCGUCCUCAAGUUCGACAGCUCGGCCCCCUUCAUCGCCUCCCCCUCCACCCUCUUUCGGCCCAUCCACCCCAUCACUGGCCUGCGGUGCCGCUGCCCACAGGGCUUCACUGGGGACUACUGCGAAACGGAGAUCAACCUCUGCUACUCCAACCCCUGCCGGAAUGGCGGGAUCUGGUCACCAUGCCGGGUGCUCUUCCCGGCAGGGUGGCGGGUGGCGGAGCCCCUCUGCCCGCAGAGCGCCGACGGCGGCUUCCACUGCCAGUGCCCGGCCGGCGGCUUCGAGACGCCCUUCUGUGAGGUGUCCACGCGCUCCUUCCCGCCGCGAUCCUUCGUCAUGUUCCGGGGCCUGCGCCAACGCUUCCACCUCACCCUCGCCCUCUCGUUCAGCACGGUGGAGCCCAAUGGCCUGCUGCUCUACAACGGGCGCCUGAACGAGCGGCACGACUUCCUGGCGGUGGAGAUCAUCCAGGGGCAGGUCCAGCUGAAGUACUCCACAGACAGGCUGGGAGAGUCCAGCACGGUGGUGAGCCCCUACGUGCCGGGAGGCGUGAGCGAUGGGCAGUGGCACACGCUGCAGCUCCACUACUACAACAAGCCCAAGGUCAGUGCCCUGGGAGUGGUGCAGGGCCCCUCCAAGGACAAGGUGGCCACCUUGACAGUGGAUGAAUGUGAUGCUUCAGUGGCUCUGCAGUUUGGCAGUGAAAUCGGGAACUACUCCUGCGCCGCAGAGGGUGUGCAGACCAGCUCGAAGAAGUCCCUGGACCUCACAGGUCCCUUGCUCCUCGGAGGGGUGCCCAAUUUGCCAGAAAACUUCCCCGUCACUCACCGGGACUUUGUGGGAUGCAUGAGAGACCUAUACAUCGACAGCAAACGCAUUGACCUGGCCUCCUACAUCGCCAACAACGGAACUGCUGCAGGCUGCCAUGCCAAGCACACGUUCUGUGACUCCAGCCCCUGCAAGAAUGGCGGCACCUGCUCUGUCAGCUGGGGGACCUACUCCUGCCUCUGUCCCGUUGGCUUCGGGGGCAAAGACUGCCGUCACCCCAUGCAUCAUGCCCACUAUUUCCAGGGCAACAGUGUCCUGACCUGGGACUUCAAGACAGACGUGAAGAUCUCAGUGCCGUGGUACCUGGGGCUGGCAUUUCGGACGCGCCAGCCCGAUGGGGUGCUUCUGCAGGCCCACGCUGGCCAGUACACCACCCUGCUCUGCCAGCUGGCUUCCUUCGUGGCGGGCAGGGGGUCCGGGCGCAGCCCCAGCCUCCUCCUGGACCAGCUGCGGCUCAGCGAUGGGAGAUGGCAUGACCUCCAGCUGGAGCUGCGGGACGUCCGCAGUGGCCGAGACUUGCGCUAUGUCAUCACCCUCACCCUGGACUUUGGGCUCUACCAGGACACAGUGGUUGUGGGAAAUGAACUGCAUGGCCUGAAGGUGAAACAUCUGCAUGUGGGGGGAGUCCUGGGCUCUGGCGAGGUGCAGAACGGGCUGAGGGGCUGCAUACAGGGUGUGCGACUGGGUGACAGCAUCACUGGGACCGUGCUGCCCAAGCCCAGCCAUGCCCUGCGAGGAGGCUGUUUUUUUCCCUGCGACUCCAGCCCCUGCCCGGCCAACAGUGUCUGCAAGGACGAGUGGCAGAGCUACUCCUGCGUCUGCCAGCCAGGGUACUAUGGAGGGGACUGCGUGGAUGUGUGUCACCUCAAUCCCUGCAAGAACAAGUCAGUGUGUCGCCGCAAGCCAGGCUCGCCCCUGGGCUACGUGUGCGAGUGCGGAGCUGACUUUUUCGGGCAGUACUGUGAGCACAGGAUGGACCAGCAGUGCCCAAAAGGCUGGUGGGGGAACCCCACCUGUGGGCCCUGUAACUGCGACGUGAACAAGGGCUUUGACCCCGACUGCAAUAAAACCAACGGGCAGUGCCACUGCAAGCGGGCUGGAGGCUGGGGUCAGGCCUGGCACGGCAGCUCAGCACCCACAGCACCUUGCUGCGGCUCCGCUGGCCCCGUCCUCGGCGUGCACUGCCAGGGGAGUGGGCACGGCGUGCCGUUAGGUGCAGCCAUCAGACACUGUGAUGAGGAGAAGGGCUGGCUGGAGCCAGAUCUCUUCAACUGCACUUCACCUGCCUUCAAGGAGCUCUCCAUGCUGCUGGAGGGCUUGGAGAGGAACGAGACUGAACUUAACACAAUUGAAGCCAAGAAGCUGGCCCACCGGCUCCGGGCUGUAACAGACCACAUGGACCACUACUUUGGCAAUGACGUGCACAUCACUUUCCGCCUUCUGUCCCGCCUCAUGGCCUUUGAGAGUCGGCAGCGUGGCUUUGGCCUGACAGCCACACAGGACGCCCACUUCAAUGAGAACCUGCUGCACGCAGGCAGCUCUGUGCUGGCGCCCGAGAACCGGGAGCACUGGGCCAUGCUGCCGCACAGCGAGCACGGCAGCGCCAGCCUCAUGGAGCAGCUGCGGGACUACUCGGGCACGCUGGCCAGCAACAUGAAACUCACCUACCUCAACCCCGUCGGCGUCGUCACCCCCAACAUUAUGCUGAGCAUCGAUCGCAUGGAGAACCGCUCCCAUAUCCGCCGCCGCUACCCUCGCUACCACAGCAGCCUCUUCCGGGGCCAGCCCGCCUGGGACCCCCACACCCACGUUGUGCUGCCGCUGUCGGUGCUGAGCCCCCCAAAAGCCGAAGCGGCUGGGGGCGAAGGGAACUACACCGUGGAGAACUCCUCCCCGAGGCAGGUGCUGCCGGAGCCCGAGCCCACUCUCACUGUCAUCAUCCUCAUCAUGUAUCGCACCCUGGGGGGGCUGCUGCCUGCGCGUUACCAGGUGGAUCGCCGCAGCCUCAGGCUCCCCAAGAAUCCCGUGAUGAACUCCCCCAUCGUGAGCGUGUCUGUGUUCAGCAACCACACCUUCCUCCGGGGGCCCCUGGACACCCCUCUCGUGCUGGAAUUUCACCUGCUGGAGACGGCCAACAGGAGCAAACCUCUCUGCGUCCAGUGGAACCACUCCAACCCGACCAACCCCUCCGGCUUCUGGACAGCCAGGGACUGUGAGCUCGUGUACCGAAACACCACGCACGUCCACUGCCAGUGCUCUCAGUUUGGCACCUUUGGGGUUCUGAUGGACAGCUCGCACCGAGAGCAACUGGAAGGUGACCUGGAGACAUUGGCAAUUGUCACCUAUUCCUUGGUGUCUCUCUCCUUGGUGGCUUUGCUGCUGACCUUCUCCUUCCUGACCUGCCUCAAAGGCCUCAAGUCCAACACACGCGGCAUUCACUCCAACAUAUCAGUCACCCUCUUCUUCUCUGAGCUGCUCUUUCUCCUGGGCAUCAACCGCACUGAGAACCAGUUUCUUUGCACUGUGAUUGCCAUCCUCCUCCACUGCUUCUUCCUCUCCACCUUUGCCUGGCUCUUCGUCCAGGGCCUCCACAUUUACCGCAUGCAGACUGAAGCCCGCAAUGUCAACUUCGGGGCCAUGCGUUUCUACUAUGCCAUCGGCUGGGGAGUGCCCGCCAUCAUCACCGGGCUGGCUGUUGGCCUGGAUCCUGAGGGCUAUGGGAACCCCGACUUCUGCUGGAUUUCCAUUCAUGAUAAGCUGGUCUGGAGCUUUGCAGGCCCCAUUACUGUCGUCAUUGUGAUGAAUGGGGUCAUGUUCCUGCUUGUGGCCAAGACGUCCUGUUCCCCAGGCCAAAAGGAGACCAAGAAGAAAUCAGUUCUCAUGACGUUACGGAGCUCCUUUGUUCUGCUUCUAGUUAUUAGCACUACCUGGCUCUUUGGCCUCUUGGCUGUCAACAACAGUGUCCUGGCUUUCCACUACCUCUACACUGUCCUCUGCAGCCUCCAGGGCCUGGCUGUGCUGGUCCUGUUCUGUGUGCUGAAUGAGGAGGUGCAGGAGGCCUGGAAGCUGGCUUGUUUCGGCAAGAAGGGGCAGACCGAGGAGGCCACGAGGAGCACACAGGUGGGCGAGAGCAGGAGCAGCCCAGGGGUCUGGGGACAGCUGUUCGAGGAGAGCGGGCUCAUCCGCAUCACCCUGGGGGCCUCCACCGUCUCGUCGGUGAGCAGCGUGCGCUCUGCCCGCACCCACUCCAGCCAGCGGGCUUACCUCAGAGACAACGUGACGGCACGUCAGGGCUCGGCCCUGGAUCACAGCCUGCUGGCCCACGCUGGCCCCACGGACAUCGACGUGGCCAUGUUCCACCGCGAUGCUGGGGGAGACCAGGACUCGGACUCAGACAGCGACCUGUCUCUGGAUGAAGAGCACAGCCUCUCCAUCCCGUCCUCGGAGAGUGAGGAGAACGUGCGCCUGCGGGGCCGCUUCCAGCGCCAGUUCAAGCGGGCAGCACACAGCGAACGCCUCCUCACCAACCCUGCCAACACCACUCCCAAAGACGUGGAUGGGAACGACCUCAUGUCGUACUGGCCGGCUCUGGGCGAGUGUGAGGUUCACCCCUGCUCCCUGCAGAAGUGGGGCUCCGAGCGGAAGCUGGGUUUUGACAUCAACAAGGACGCGGCCAACAAUAAUCAACCAGACCUGGCCUUGACCAGCGGGGACGAGAACUCCCUCACCCAGACCCAACGGCAAAGAAAAGGGAUUUUGAAGAACCGCCUCCAGUACCCUCCCACUCUCCAAGGCCUGCCAUCCGUUGGCAGGAUGACCAACGAGCUGACAUGGUACAAGACCUCCACGCUGGGUCACAGGGCUGUCCCCGCCGCCUCCUACGGCAGGAUCUACUCUGGGGCGGGCAGUCUACAGAACACAGGAGAGUGCUUGGAAGCCGUGCCCAGCCGGCAUGGGUCCAGGGAGGAGCUCGACACUAUCCCCAGCAGGCACGGGUCUACUGAACACCUGGAAAGUAUCCCGAGCAGACAUGGGUCUAGGGAAAACUUGGAUUUACUCGCUGGUAGGCCCAGUCAGAGAGAUCAUGGGAACACGCUGCCACGGAGGCAGGGCUCCAGAGACCACCUUGACACUUUACCCUGCAGAUUUGGGUCGAGAGAGCAGCUAGACUACCUCCUCGACGCCCUCCGCAAUGUGCCCUUCGACACCUCGCUCCGCCACCUCCCACAGCAUUUCGGAGCUGUCACCAGACUCAGAACUAACAAGAAAUGA